CGACUAAGUGGGUGCUGACGCGCAGCGAGAAAGCAGUGAAAGACCGAGUGAAGAAGAGGGGCCCCCAUCGGCCCGUCACCCCUCAGCAUGUCCUCCUCAAGGUCAACUCCACCAACCAGCCGCAGGGAAGCGACCAGGCCGGGGCCAACAUGAAACUCAAUGCCCAGGUACGAGACGCCUGGGGCUCCCCUCCACCUCUACCUGUCCAGGGGAUGGAUCCAGAGCCCCACGCCUCACCAUUCCCACCUACAACCCCAAAACAGAGCCCCCAGAGUCAGUCACAGAAGGCCCCAGCAGGACCCAGCCACCACGUCUUGCAACAUGGCAUGACCAAGAUUUACGUCCCCCUUAUGACCCGCACUCUGGAUCUCAACCUGAGGCAAUCCCUCGACAGCCGUGAAAUCUGUUCCAGCAGUCCCUCCCCAGCUGUGAUGCGGCCUCACACCAGCCACGCAGCUUCCACCCAGCGCACGCCAUGCCCCAAGUCAGAGAAGAAGAGGCCCCAGACCUCCUGUGGUAUUGCGGGUCUGGCAGUGCGUAAGGUGGGGGCAUUCACUACCACUGCCCAGUCUAAUGUCCAGGCCCCACAGCGCAUGUUCAUGAAGGUGAGCAGCAAGCGGCCAGGACGCCACGUGAACUUUGAGAUGCCCAAUAAGACCAUUAGCCAAUACAACCCUCUAGACCCAUUCAGGGAGCGUGGGGCCUUCAGGCUCCACACAGACACCCAGCUGGAGGAGUACUUCAGGGUCCAGAACCACCAACUGAAUCAGCAGGGGGAGGGAUGCUAUAGGACCAGGGAGGACCAGGACAGACAGAGGAAGGGGGUCUGGAAGAGGAAGGUCAAAGGUGUCCCUGCCUUAGACUUCCCCAAGCAGGACCAGGUGUACGCCCCCGAGCUGGGCCAUGAGAUCUACAUCUGAGAUUGUCUGAGAAUCAGCUGGACAGGUUUUUGGCUGGCUAAACCCAAUACACACAUGGAGCUUUUUGAACUGUGUGACCAUGCCAGGGCAAGAAUAGAGCCCAGGGCUUUUGCAUGUAUGAUUCUCCCCCUCUUGGUUUGCUGAUCCUGGACCUUCUAUGCAAGAGUUAUUUUUAAAGAGACUAUGUGCACCACUAUUUGUGUAUCAUGUAAAUAUAUAGAUGCAUUUCUGUACUCCCACCAAUCCAUAUAUUAUUUUUGUAAUCUGAUGAGGAGAUAGCAGAUUAUUUUCUUUAUCUGGUCUAAUGAAUGAUUUUUACUU